UUGUCGUUACGUGAUAUGCAAAAGAUCCCUUUCUCGAGUCCUCAGUGGUUCUAGUGGUCUUCUUUGCCGUGUUCGUCCCUGUUCGUCCGUUAGUGGUCCGGGCAGCCCCCAGCAACGGUAGCAACCCCUCUCUCAAUGAUACACUUAUAUUUGCUAGCCUCUUGGUAGGAUGCCAUCACAAACGUAAUCACACCAUGACCUUUUUAUCAAUGUCAGCACAGGCUGUGUUUAUAAACCUCCUCUCAGCCAUUGAUUUCAUUGUUUCUUGGUACCUAAGAUCCUCAACACUCAGACCAUGAGAGUCAUUCUUCAAGAUGAGAGACAUCGUUGACCUACCACACGAUCUCUUCCUCCUCAUCAUCUCUUAUCUCUCUUCCAGAACAUGCGUCCUCUCUCGUUCCGUCUCUCGACGAUGGCACGCAGCUUUCACCGAUGAACACAUCUCGUAUCUGUUGAUGCGAUGGAAUUUUCCGCGAUGUCGUGAGAUGCGCCUGGCUUCGGCCGCCGCCUUGUUACCAUCAGCAUCAGCUUCAUCAGACUUCGCCAACAUCAACAACAAUCUCGCCGUCGAGAUUUCAUGUACUUCUCGCGACCUCCCUCCUUGGUCCGAAACAUUUGCUCUCGUGGCCAGACGCUAUCACCAUCUCCGUCGAGGCUCGGCCCGUGUCGUCGAGAAGCUCCAGAUGGCUCGGCCAAGCCGAGGUGAUAGUAACGAACUCUCUCCAUUCUCUUUCAAGGGAGUCGCUAUUUGGAACCGUUUCCUGCGUCUAGAGGAGAAGACGGCCGAGUUUCACUACCCCGAUCCAGCGUGGUGGUACAGUCAAGAAGACGGAGUGCUGGUUUACCCAGCAGAAGUCCUUGACAGGCCCAAUUCUCCAUCAUCAGAUCCGGCCCAUGGUUACGUUUACCACAUCUUCGAUCCGGCGACUGGAACUCAAAUCCCCGUUCCGUUCGAUGUUCGCCGGAAGCAUAUUCGUCGAGUCCGUCUUGCCCAGGGAGUUCUGAUAUUCGAAUGGGCUGAAGAGCAUCCAUACCACCAGUUGAACGACAGAGAGGUUGUCCAUCGGCAUUUUGUCACUGCUUUCUACGUCAUCCGAACACCCUCUCCCUCUGCCUGGACAUGGACCAUCCAGUUCCGCUCAGAGUGGAAGCUACACUUCCUCGGUCUGCCCAUGAAUCGCUCCGAUCGCUUCUUCUCCGCCCACACAGCAACGCACUACGCCGUUUACUUCUGGCAACCCAACCGCUCGCUUUACCAGGAUGAUCCCAUUGAACAGCUCGCCGUCUGGGACAUUUCCUCACCAAGUCCAUACCGUCCAUCCGAGGAUCCAACAGGAUACAACCGACCACCACUCGGCAACCGGACAACUUCCAUGCCCGCUGGCUUGUGGAACGGAGGAGGAACCCACACGACCACGACGAGCACAACAGCCGGGCAACCAAGUAAAAGCGCUAGCCCCGAACCAGAAUCCGUCAGCACUACGACCGGCCCCCAAGUAAUCCGUCGCAUGGCCUGGCGCGAACUCGACUUCUACGGGCUGCGCCAGCGCGCCAACCCACAGUUGCGCAACCUCUCCCUCGAUGAUAGGAACCUCUACUUCAUCGAGGAAGAACACCGUUGGACCGAAGGUCAACACUCCUCUCUUAGUCCGCCUCGCGUUCACCAUGUCAAGUGCACGGGUAUUCCGAUCGUGCCUUGCACGCCGGCUGUUCCUAUCCCUUUGGUGUCCGUUAAGGAGGGUUGGGAGAGGGAGCGAGAGCCGUCGUCUCAUGCGCAUUACUACCAAGCUCUUUUCACUUCAACUAUCAAUGAUCCUGUUCAUGGGCCGAUAUGGGUCGAUCAGUGUGGUGCGGAUGGGGAUGUGAAUAUGUCGUUUUGUCAACGGGCACAUUCUUCUGCUUCUUCUACCUCUCCCCUCACUUCACCUUUAACCUCUGCCUCCCCCUCAUCCUCAUCCUCACCCACCCGCCAGACCCAAGACCAGCAACUCCUCCCCCCCUCCCCACCCCUUUCCCCUUCCUCCUCCCGCCGCUCCUUCUCCAUCCCCUCCAAUCAGCAAGCCCUCCUACAUCACCUCCGCUCCCGUCCACCUUCCCCUUCCCAACCCUAUUUUUUCUCCCCACCACCACAAUCUACCACAUUAUCAACCUCCCCCCGCCGCCGCAGAAACCACCAACAAUCCCUCCAGGAUUUGCUGAGCAUCAUAAGUAACCAACAACGCUUCCCCGGCCUCGCCCCCUGCUGGCGCCACGAAGAUUUCCCCUACCUGACCGUAGCAGAAAUGGUCGAUUUCGCUGCGGGCGUGAGGAUCACGGCACGGCAUUGUUUCAUGUUGGAGACGGUGUCGGUUUGUGUGAGGAAUGCGAGGGUUUGUGUAAAACCUGAGCCUGGUGGGUUGUCUCUGGCAGCACCUGAUGAUGAUGAAACGGGCAACAAGGUGGUGGGCAAAGAAGAAGAAACGAAGAAGAAGAAGGGGAAUAGGAAGAAGAAGGGGCAUAAGGGAGGGGAGGGAGGAGAAGGAGGAGGAGAAGGAGGGAGAGAUGAGGAAGUGCAAUUCGCGGAUGAGAUGUGGAGCCAGUUGGUGGGUAGGAGGGGGUAUUUGGCGGGUGAUGAGAGAUGGGUUUUGGGGGAGGAUGAGGAGGGGAGGGUUACUGUUGUUAGGUUUUAGUUUUUUUUGGUUUUGGGGGGUUGAUGUUGAUGUUGGGCGGUUGCGAUACCUGGCUGUUGUCUUUCCUUUUCUUUUGUUCUUUU